UCUUCGUUUAUUUCGUGGACAAAAGCGACAGACUUGGAGAGUCCAUGUUAUUGUUCGAUAUCUAUUGAUAAGGUCUUGGCUGGUCAGUGUCAUUGAAACAUCGUGGAGGCCCCACAUGACUGCGCCAAGUGAGUUUCCAUCUAUACUUAGCUGAACAGCCUAGUUUGCUGCAAAACUUCGUGUUGACAAGUAUCUGCAGAUAUAAUUUUGCUGACAAUGUUGGCGUCCGUCUCCUGUUCGUGUGUGCGAAACGGGAGGAAGGUCUCGGUCCCUGUCGCUAAGUUUUCCCUUUUGUCAAUGGUUAAAAACUCACAAGGAACUCUAAAUCCAACCGGGGUACAGGAUCUUUCACGACACCUGUCACCCAGCGUCCUCAAAUCGGCUCACUUAAAGCUGCCAAGCGGACUAACCACCAGAUCUGUGUUCCUAUCGGCCGCUUGCCACGGGGGUGCUGACUCUCCGGUUGACCCCGAAAGCGACCCAUCAGACCGGAGGGGCUUCGGCUCCCUGUCCACGGACAUAUCCUCCAGGAGGUCGUUCAAGAAAAGCAACCCAGAAAUCAGGGAUCUGCGACAAAACGACGGAGACGACGAGGAAGAGGAGUCGGAGAGACCUCGCAGGAGAGCCGUGGCGAUAAACACACCCUACUGGUACUUUUUAAAGUGCAAGAAGCUGAUCAAAGAGAACAAGCUGCAGCAGGCCCUGGAUGUGUUCAACAGAGACAUGCUGCAGGAGGAGAGGCUGCAGCCUGAGGAGUUUAACUACUCGGUCCUUAUGGGAGGCUGUGGUCGAGCUGGGCUGCUCAAGAAGACCUUCAAACUUUACAACGAUAUGAAGAAACGAGGUCUUGAAGCAACAGAUGCUACCUACACUGCACUGUUCAAUGCCUGCGCUGAGUCGCCAUCCAAGCAGGCCGGCCUCCAGCAGGCGCUGAAGUUGGAGCAAGAACUCCGGCGAAAAAACUAUCCCCUCAGCACCAUAACAUACCAUGCCCUCCUCAAGACGCACGCCAUCACCAACCACCUCCAAGCCUGCAUUCACACGAUCAAGGAGAUGCUGCAGAAUGGCCACGUGGUGACUCAGGAGACUUUUCACUACCUGCUGAUGGGCUGUUUGAAGGACAAAGAGACAGGAUUCAGACUUGCUUUACAGGUUUGGCGGCAGAUGCUAAGGUCAGGGAUUCGUCCAGACUCAAAAAACUAUAACCUGCUCUUACGCACUGCAAGGGAUUGUGGGAUUGGCAAUCAGGCCCUGGCCACUCGUGUGCUGCUGAGUCCUGACCUGAAAUAUGAGGGGGAAGGUGUGUCACAUGUAAAGUCCGAUAGUAGAUACAAGAAUCUGAUAGACAUUGAAUUUCUGGAGAGGCAGUUGUUCAUCCAGCCUGAUCCACUCAGUGACGCUCUGCAGAACAGCAGCUACAGCGAGGAGGAGGAGGAGUCCUACAGAGGCGAAGGCUCAACCCAGUUGGUACCAGUCAGACAAACUAUCUCCCUGCCUGUUGACUCAGCAGCUGAUUCUUCUUCAGCCCCAAAUCUACUGGAUGUUUUUGAGGGUAAAAGGGGCUGCGUGGUUUCCCUCUGCACUGUGGGCAAAGUAUCUGAUCGGCUUGCCCUCAUCGGAGGAGCUGAAGGUUUCCUGGACAAGAUGGAAGCUAACAGGCUCAGUCCGGACAUCAAGACUCUGACCCUGCUGGCCGACACGAUGGAGCCGGGCUUCAAGUCUCUGCAGACGCUGCUGAAGGUCGCCAAGCAGCACAAAGUGAAGCUUGAUGUAGCAUUUUUUAACUCUGUGAUUCGCAGAGCUGCCAGAGCUGGUGACCUGGAGGGGGCAAAGGAUGUGUUGAGUGUGAUGCGACAGCGCCAUGUAAACGUGGACGUGCAGACAUUUGGAAGCCUUGCAUUGGGCUGUGAGCGAGAGAAGGAUGCUCUGCAGCUGCUGGAAACCAUGGAAGAGGCCGGACUAAAUCCAAAUGUCCACGUGUUCUCUGCUCUAAUUGGCAUAGCAACCCGAAAACUGGAUUACAUCUACCUGAAAACAAUCCUCAAAAGUAUGAGCAGGAUGAAGGUGUGGCCAAACGAGGUCAUCAUCAGACAGCUGGAGUUUGCCUCACAGUAUCCACCCAACUAUAACCAGUACAAGUCCAGAAACAACUACCUGAUCCAAAUCGAUGGAUUCCGUGGUUUCUACCAGAACUGGCUGAGAUACAUGCCUGCUAAUAGCGCUGAUGAUGAGCAGGCAAAGCUGCACGCGGAGAUGGACGCUGCAGAAGGUGAAGGCAAACUGACAGAGAGCCAAAGAAAACAAGAGAAGAAAGCAGCAGCGAGGAGAUUUAACCCACGUAAAAAGGACAGGAUGAGCAGCACUGAAUAAAACCCAUGUUCUUCACCUCACUUUCAGUCGGUCUGUUUUGAAUAAGCUGUGUAGACAACAAGCGCCUCUUGGUCGACGUAAUACACAGGGACCCUCUUCCAGACAUUUGUAGGAAUAUGGAUGAUUUUGUAACUUGUAUUUAAAAUAAAUUUCAAGUGUCAGUAAAUGA